AUGACACAGGUUUUCUUUAACAAAUACUUCCCCCACCAUAAGACCAGUGGUUUGAAGAGACAGAUUUCAACCUUUGCACAAAAGGAUAGUGAGACUUUGUAUCAGGUGUGGGAGAGGUUUAAAGAUUUGUUGAACUUGUGUCCUCAUCACGGCUAUGAGAGUUGGCGUUUAGUUAGUUACUUUUAUGAGGGACUUACACCUAGAGAGCGCCAAUUUGUAGAGAUGAUGUGUAAUGGUGAGUUCUUGCAGAAAGAUCCGGAUGAGGCCAUAGAGUACCUGAAUGAUCUAGCUGAGAAAGCUCAUACUUGGACAGGACCUAGUGCGACUGAUAGUACUAGUAGGUCACGACCUACAGCUACUCCUUCUAGUGGAGGAAUUUACCAUCUUAGAGAGGAGGAUAAUCUCAAGGCCCGGAUAGAAAUUCUGACUAGGGAGUUAGAGGCCUUAAAAACAAAGGAUACAAAGGUUACACAUACUGUUUCUCGUGUUGAGUCCCAUGGACCCUGUUUUGUAUGUGGUGGAGUGGAUCACCUAGCUCAGGAUUGUCCCACAUUUGCUGAAAUGAGGGGUGUGUAUGAGGAACAUUGUAAUGCCCUAGGUAUGUACAAGAAGCCUUUUACACCCUUUUCACAUACCUAUAAUCCUGGUUGGAGGAACCAUCCUAACUUUAGUUGGAAAUCUGACCCGCAACAUCCUGCACAACCACAGCUGCCUAGAGCUUAUUCUACACCUCCAUACCAUGCCCCAUCUUCUAGGAAUCCUUUAGAGGACCAAGAUAAGACCACUUUUACAUGUCCCUUUGGAACUUAUGCAUUUCGUCGUAUGCCAUUUGGUUUGUGUAAUGCUCCAGCUACCUUUCAAAGGUGCAUGAUGAGUAUUUUUAGUGAUAUGGUUGAGAAUUGCAUGGAGGUGUUUAUGGAUGACUUGACUGUUUUUGGUGACUCCUUUGAUGAAUGUUUGUUUAAUUUAACAAGGGUUCUAGCUCGUUGCAAAGAAAAAGGCCUUGUAUUGAAUUGGGAGAAAUGCCAUUUUAUGGUGCCUUCGGGUAUUGUUUUGGGCCAUAUUGUUUCCUCUAGGGGAAUAGAGGUUGAUCAAUCCAAAAUUGAGUUGAUCUCUAAGUUGCCCACACCUAAGACUGUGAAGGAUGUUAGAUCAUUCCUUGGUCAUGCUGGUUUCUAUAGGAGGUUUAUCCAGAAUUUUUCUGCCAUAUCUAGACCAUUGUGUAACCUUCUAGUUAGGGAUACCCUAUUUGAGUGGACACAAGAGUGCCAAGCGGCAUUCCAAACGCUUAUUGGGAAGCUCACUUCAGCUCCCAUUAUGCAGCCACCAGAUUGGAGUUUACCUUUUGAAAUUAUGUGUGAUGCAAGUGACUACGCAGUAGGGGCUGUCUUAGGUCAACGGAGAGAGGGAAAGCCCUUUGUCAUUUAUUAUGCUAGUAGGACUUUAAAUAGUGCUCAAAUGAAUUAUUCUACUACUGAAAAAGAACUACUAGCUGUAGUAUUUGCAUUAGAUAAAUUCCGUGCUUAUUUGAUUGGCUCGCCUAUUACAAUUUUUACAGAUCAUGCAGCCCUUAAGUACCUUCUCGCAAAGAAGGAUGCUAAGGCGCGAUUAAUUAGGUGGAUCUUGCUUUUGCAGGAAUUUAAUCUAACCAUCAAGGACAAGAAGGGUUUAGAGAAUGGGGUGGCUGAUCACCUCUCAAGGUUAAUAUUUGAGGAUACUACAGAUACACCACCGAUCCGUGAUGAUUUUCCAGAUGAACAAUUAUUUUCUAUCACCUCCAUGCCGUGGUUUGCACAUAUUGUCAAUUAUUUGGUAACAGGUGAGAUGCCAUCAGACUGGAAUGCACAGGAUAAGCAGAAGUUCUUAACAGAGGUACGUUCUUUUUAUUGGGAUGAUCCACAUCUUUUUAAGUACUGUCCUGACCAAAUUAUGAGGAGAUGUGUCCCAGAUGAUGAGAUAGCAAGUGUCUUAGAAUUCUGUCAUUCCCAAGCUUGUGGAGGCCAUUUCUCUAUGAAGAAAACCGCUGCAAAAAUUUUGCAGUGUGGAUUUUAUUGGCCAUCAUUGUUUCGAGACACAAAUGUUUAUUGUCGUUCUUGUGAGAAAUGUCAAAAAUUAGGAGCUUUGUCCCGUCGUAAUAUGAUGCCUUUGAAUCCAAUUUUAGUGAUAGAAAUUUUUGAUUGCUGGGGUAUAGAUUUUAUGGGACCGUUUCCUCCUUCUUUUGGUUAUCUAUAUAUUAUUGUUGCAGUAGAUUAUGUGUCCAAAUGGGUAGAGGCUGCAACUUGUAGGAACAAUGACAAUAAGACAGUAAUUAAAUUUCUAAAGGAAAAUGUGUUGUCUCGUUUUGGUACACCACGUGUUAUCAUUAGUGACCGGGGUACACAUUUUUGUAACCGUUCCUUUGAAGCAUUGAUGAGGAAGUAUGGGGUGGUGCAUAAGAUUUCUACAGCUUACCAUCCUCAAACAAGUGGGCAGGUAGAGCUUGCUAAUAGAGAGAUUAAGCGUAUUUUAGAGAAAACGGUUAACCCCGACCGAAAGGAUUGGUCAUUGCGAUUAACUGAUGCACUUUGGGCAUACCGUACAGCUUUCAAGACCCCCCUAGGCAUGUCACCUUAUAGGCUUGUUUUUGGUAAACCUUGCCACCUACCGGUAGAGCUAGAACAUAGAGCCUAUUGGGCUAUUAAGAACUUUAACUUUGAUUUACCUGAAGCCGGUGAGCUUAGGAAGUUCCAGAUGACCGAGUUAGAAGAGUUGCGAAAUGAAGCUUAUGAAAAUUCUAAAAUUUACAAGGCUAAGAUAAAGGCAUUUCAUGAUAGAAAUAUUCUUAGAAAAACGUUUCAUAUGCAUCAAGAAUCAGGUCAAUUGGAGAAUCCUUUAGAGGACCAAGAUAAGACCACUUUUACAUGUCCCUUUGGAACUUAUGCAUUUCGUCGUAUGCCAUUUGGUUUGUGUAAUGCUCCAGCUACCUUUCAAAGGUGCAUGAUGAGUAUUUUUAGUGAUAUGGUUGAGAAUUGCAUGGAGGUGUUUAUGGAUGACUUGACUGUUUUUGGUGACUCCUUUGAUGAAUGUUUGUUUAAUUUAACAAGGGUUCUAGCUCGUUGCAAAGAAAAAGGCCUUGUAUUGAAUUGGGAGAAAUGCCAUUUUAUGGUGCCUUCGGGUAUUGUUUUGGGCCAUAUUGUUUCCUCUAGGGGAAUAGAGGUUGAUCAAUCCAAAAUUGAGUUGAUCUCUAAGUUGCCCACACCUAAGACUGUGAAGGAUGUUAGAUCAUUCCUUGGUCAUGCUGGUUUCUAUAGGAGGUUUAUCCAGAAUUUUUCUGCCAUAUCUAGACCAUUGUGUAACCUUCUAGUUAGGGAUACCCUAUUUGAGUGGACACAAGAGUGCCAAGCGGCAUUCCAAACGCUUAUUGGGAAGCUCACUUCAGCUCCCAUUAUGCAGCCACCAGAUUGGAGUUUACCUUUUGAAAUUAUGUGUGAUGCAAGUGACUACGCAGUAGGGGCUGUCUUAGGUCAACGGAGAGAGGGAAAGCCCUUUGUCAUUUAUUAUGCUAGUAGGACUUUAAAUAGUGCUCAAAUGAAUUAUUCUACUACUGAAAAAGAACUACUAGCUGUAGUAUUUGCAUUAGAUAAAUUCCGUGCUUAUUUGAUUGGCUCGCCUAUUACAAUUUUUACAGAUCAUGCAGCCCUUAAGUACCUUCUCGCAAAGAAGGAUGCUAAGGCGCGAUUAAUUAGGUGGAUCUUGCUUUUGCAGGAAUUUAAUCUAACCAUCAAGGACAAGAAGGGUUUAGAGAAUGGGGUGGCUGAUCACCUCUCAAGGUUAAUAUUUGAGGAUACUACAGAUACACCACCGAUCCGUGAUGAUUUUCCAGAUGAACAAUUAUUUUCUAUCACCUCCAUGCCGUGGUUUGCACAUAUUGUCAAUUAUUUGGUAACAGGUGAGAUGCCAUCAGACUGGAAUGCACAGGAUAAGCAGAAGUUCUUAACAGAGGUACGUUCUUUUUAUUGGGAUGAUCCACAUCUUUUUAAGUACUGUCCUGACCAAAUUAUGAGGAGAUGUGUCCCAGAUGAUGAGAUAGCAAGUGUCUUAGAAUUCUGUCAUUCCCAAGCUUGUGGAGGCCAUUUCUCUAUGAAGAAAACCGCUGCAAAAAUUUUGCAGUGUGGAUUUUAUUGGCCAUCAUUGUUUCGAGACACAAAUGUUUAUUGUCGUUCUUGUGAGAAAUGUCAAAAAUUAGGAGCUUUGUCCCGUCGUAAUAUGAUGCCUUUGAAUCCAAUUUUAGUGAUAGAAAUUUUUGAUUGCUGGGGUAUAGAUUUUAUGGGACCGUUUCCUCCUUCUUUUGGUUAUCUAUAUAUUAUUGUUGCAGUAGAUUAUGUGUCCAAAUGGGUAGAGGCUGCAACUUGUAGGAACAAUGACAAUAAGACAGUAAUUAAAUUUCUAAAGAAAAAUGUGUUGUCUCGUUUUGGUACACCACGUGUUAUCAUUAGUGACCGGGGUACACAUUUUUGUAACCGUUCCUUUGAAGCAUUGAUGAGGAAGUAUGGGAUGGUGCAUAAGAUUUCUACAGCUUACCAUCCUCAAACAAGUGGGCAGGUAGAGCUUGCUAAUAGAGAGAUUAAGCGUAUUUUAGAGAAAACGGUUAACCCCGACCGAAAGGAUUGGUCAUUGCGAUUAACUGAUGCACUUUGGGCAUACCGUACAGCUUUCAAGACCCCCCUAGGCAUGUCACCUUAUAGGCUUGUUUUUGGUAAACCUUGCCACCUACCGGUAGAGCUAGAACAUAGAGCCUAUUGGGCUAUUAAGAACUUUAACUUUGAUUUACCUGAAGCCGGUGAGCUUAGGAAGUUCCAGAUGACCGAGUUAGAAGAGUUGCGAAAUGAAGCUUAUGAAAAUUCUAAAAUUUACAAGGCUAAGAUAAAGGCAUUUCAUGAUAGAAAUAUUCUUAGAAAAACGUUUGCACCUAAUCAACGAGUAUACUUAUAUGAUUCUAGGCUUCAUAAACACCCUGGUAAAUUACGAUCUAGGUGGACUGGUCCUUUUGUGGUAAAGCAUACAUUUGAGAAUGGAGCGGUAGAGAUAGAAGAUCCUAGAGAUGGUCGGAUGCUUAAGGUAAAUGGCCAGAGACUCAAGCCGGUCCUUGAGAAAGAGGCUCCAGUAGAGGAAGAUAUUCUUCUCAUGGACCCCGUCUACGAACAGCAUAGAGACGAGUUAGGUAGAUUUGCAAGAAGACCAGAAUUAGAACCUGACACUUUUCCUGUGAAUUUGCCCGAUACGCCAUCUAAUUCUAACACCAUGAGCAAUCACGAAGAUCAGCCCAUUAGGACUCUCCAGGACUAUCUCCAUCCUACACGCACAGCCACACCGUCAUGCAUUAUGUUCCCACCCAAUGUCCCACAACAGGAUUUUAAACCAGGAAUGAUACAGUUACUUCCUACCUUUCAUGGCUUAGAGAAUGAAAAUCCUUACGUGCACAUUAGAGAGUUUGAGGAGGUAGUGGCGACUUUUCAUAGUCAACCCGGUACAAUAGAUGCAGUUAGACUUAAGUUUUUUCCAUUUUCUCUGAAAGAUAGAGCGAAAAUUUGGUUGUAUUCACUGAGACCGCGGUCAAUAGGAUCUUGGGAUGAGAUGACACAGGUUUUCUUUAACAAAUACUUCCUCCACCAUAAGACCAGUGGUUUGAAGAGACAGAUUUCAACCUUUGCACAAAAGGAUAGUGAGACUUUGUAUCAGGUGUGGGAGAGGUUUAAAGAUUUGUUGAACUUGUGUCCUCAUCACGGCUAUGAGAGUUGGCGUUUAGUUAGUUACUUUUAUGAGGGACUUACACCUAGAGAGCGCCAAUUUGUAGAGAUGAUGUGUAAUGGUGAGUUCUUGCAGAAAGAUCCGGAUGAGGCCAUAGAGUACCUGAAUGAUCUAGCUGAGAAAGCUCAUACUUGGACAGGACCUAGUGCGACUGAUAGUACUAGUAGGUCACGACCUACAGCUACUCCUUCUAGUGGAGGAAUUUACCAUCUUAGAGAGGAGGAUAAUCUCAAGGCCCGGAUAGAAAUUCUGACUAGGGAGUUAGAGGCCUUAAAAACAAAGGAUACAAAGGUUACACAUACUGUUUCUCGUGUUGAGUCCCAUGGACCCUGUUUUGUAUGUGGUGGAGUGGAUCACCUAGCUCACGAUUGUCCCACAUUUGCUGAAAUGAGGGGUGUGUAUGAGGAACAUUGUAAUGCCCUAGGUAUGUACAAGAAGCCUUUUACACCCUUUUCAGAUACCUAUAAUCCUGGUUGGAGGAACCAUCCUAACUUUAGUUGGAAAUCUGACCCGCAACAUCCUGCACAACCACAGCUGCCUAGAGCUUAUUCUACACCUCCAUACCAUGCCCCAUCUUCUAGGAAUCCUUUAGAGGACCAAGAUAAGACCACUUUUACAUGUCCCUUUGGAACUUAUGCAUUUCGUCGUAUGCCAUUUGGUUUGUGUAAUGCUCCAGCUACCUUUCAAAGGUGCAUGAUGAGUAUUUUUAGUGAUAUGGUUGAGAAUUGCAUGGAGGUGUUUAUGGAUGACUUGACUGUUUUUGGUGACUCCUUUGAUGAAUGUUUGUUUAAUUUAACAAGGGUUCUAGCUCGUUGCAAAGAAAAAGGCCUUGUAUUGAAUUGGGAGAAAUGCCAUUUUAUGGUGCCUUCGGGUAUUGUUUUGGGCCAUAUUGUUUCCUCUAGGGGAAUAGAGGUUGAUCAAUCCAAAAUUGAGUUGAUCUCUAAGUUGCCCACACCUAAGACUGUGAAGGAUGUUAGAUCAUUCCUUGGUCAUGCUGGUUUCUAUAGGAGGUUUAUCCAGAAUUUUUCUGCCAUAUCUAGACCAUUGUGUAACCUUCUAGUUAGGGAUACCCUAUUUGAGUGGACACAAGAGUGCCAAGCGGCAUUCCAAACGCUUAUUGGGAAGCUCACUUCAGCUCCCAUUAUGCAGCCACCAGAUUGGAGUUUACCUUUUGAAAUUAUGUGUGAUGCAAGUGACUACGCAGUAGGGGCUGUCUUAGGUCAACGGAGAGAGGGAAAGCCCUUUGUCAUUUAUUAUGCUAGUAGGACUUUAAAUAGUGCUCAAAUGAAUUAUUCUACUACUGAAAAAGAACUACUAGCUGUAGUAUUUGCAUUAGAUAAAUUCCGUGCUUAUUUGAUUGGCUCGCCUAUUACAAUUUUUACAGAUCAUGCAGCCCUUAAGUACCUUCUCGCAAAGAAGGAUGCUAAGGCGCGAUUAAUUAGGUGGAUCUUGCUUUUGCAGGAAUUUAAUCUAACCAUCAAGGACAAGAAGGGUUUAGAGAAUGGGGUGGCUGAUCACCUCUCAAGGUUAAUAUUUGAGGAUACUACAGAUACACCACCGAUCCGUGAUGAUUUUCCAGAUGAACAAUUAUUUUCUAUCACCUCCAUGCCGUGGUUUGCACAUAUUGUCAAUUAUUUGGUAACAGGUGAGAUGCCAUCAGACUGGAAUGCACAGGAUAAGCAGAAGUUCUUAACAGAGGUACGUUCUUUUUAUUGGGAUGAUCCACAUCUUUUUAAGUACUGUCCUGACCAAAUUAUGAGGAGAUGUGUCCCAGAUGAUGAGAUAGCAAGUGUCUUAGAAUUCUGUCAUUCCCAAGCUUGUAGAGGCCAUUUCUCUAUGAAGAAAACCGCUGCAAAAAUUUUGCAGUGUGGAUUUUAUUGGCCAUCAUUGUUUCGAGACACAAAUGUUUAUUGUCGUUCUUGUGAGAAAUGUCAAAAAUUAGGAGCUUUGUCCCGUCGUAAUAUGAUGCCUUUGAAUCCAAUUUUAGUGAUAGAAAUUUUUGAUUGCUGGGGUAUAGAUUUUAUGGGACCGUUUCCUCCUUCUUUUGGUUAUCUAUAUAUUAUUGUUGCAGUAGAUUAUGUGUCCAAAUGGGUAGAGGCUGCAACUUGUAGGAACAAUGACAAUAAGACAGUAAUUAAAUUUCUAAAGGAAAAUGUGUUGUCUCGUUUUGGUACACCACGUGUUAUCAUUAGUGACCGGGGUACACAUUUUUGUAACCGUUCCUUUGAAGCAUUGAUGAGGAAGUAUGGGGUGGUGCAUAAGAUUUCUACAGCUUACCAUCCUCAAACAAGUGGGCAGGUAGAGCUUGCUAAUAGAGAGAUUAAGCGUAUUUUAGAGAAAACGGUUAACCCCGACCGAAAGGAUUGGUCAUUGCGAUUAACUGAUGCACUUUGGGCAUACCGUACAGCUUUCAAGACCCCCCUAGGCAUGUCACCUUAUAGGCUUGUUUUUGGUAAACCUUGCCACCUACCGGUAGAGCUAGAACAUAGAGCCUAUUGGGCUAUUAAGAACUUUAACUUUGAUUUACCUGAAGCCGGUGAGCUUAGGAAGUUCCAGAUGACCGAGUUAGAAGAGUUGCGAAAUGAAGCUUAUGAAAAUUCUAAAAUUUACAAGGCUAAGAUAAAGGCAUUUCAUGAUAGAAAUAUUCUUAGAAAAACGUUUGCACCUAAUCAACGAGUAUACUUAUAUGAUUCUAGGCUUCAUAAACACCCUGGUAAAUUACGAUCUAGGUGGACUGGUCCUUUUGUGGUAAAGCAUACAUUUGAGAAUGGAGCGGUAGAGAUAGAGGAUCCUAGAGAUGGUCGGAUGCUUAAGGUAAAUGGCCAGAGACUCAAGCCGGUCCUUGAGAAAGAGGCUCCAGUAGAGGAAGAUAUUCUUCUCAUGGACCCCGUCUACGAACAGUGA